ACACUUGUUUUAUUUCGUGCAUCUUUACUUUUACUUUUAUCUUUACUUCUACAUGCCGUCGAUUAGUAAUCAGUAAUCAGACUUUUUAAGUCCUCGCCCAUUACACUACAUACUGGAAGCUGAUUGGCUAACACGCUCCACAUGUUCUACAUUCUGGACACUGAUUGGCUAAUAUGUCCCCGUUUCGUAAAGCUAAUGUUUUGUAAUGUCUAUGUUAGUGAUGUAACGUUUUAUUUGUUAACGUGCUGCAUUGCCAUUCUCACCUUCAUUCACGGAUAGAACUGUCAGGACUCAGCAAUGUGGGCUUCAAAAGUACUGAUCCUGCUGGUCGGUCUUUGGCAACACUCUCACUGUCAGAGCGGCGAGCGUAUGUUUCAGGAAGUUACACAGACCAUCCUUCCUCCUGACCGGCUGCACAAUCCAACACAGCUCAACUAUGGCAUGGCGGUAACAGACGUGGAUGGCGAUGGUGAUCUUGAAGUGGUGGUGGCAGGAUACAAUGGGCCCAACCUGGUCUUGAAGUAUGACCGUGCUCAGGAAAAGCUGGUAAACAUUGCCGUUGAUGAUAGUAACUCACCAUACUACGCUCUGAGGGACGUGGCAGGGAAUGCCAUCGGGGUCACAGCCUGUGAUGUGGAUGGAGAUGGACGCGAGGAGAUCUACUUCCUCAACACAAAUAAUGCUUACUCUGGGCGGGCGACUUACUUCGACAAGCUCUUCAAGUUUCGUAAUGGUCGCUUUGAGGAUCUGCUCAGUGAUGAUCUCAAUGUGCGCCGUGGAGUCGCUAACCGCAUGGCGGGACGCUCUGUGGCAUGUGUUGACAGAAAGGGAACAGGUCGCUACGCAGUCUAUGUGGCAAACUACGCCAGCGGCAACAUCGGCCCCCACGCUCUCUUAGAAAUGGAUGAGGCUGCCAGUGAUGUGCAAAACGGCGUUAUUGCCCUGUCUGAUGUCGCUGCCGCAGCUGGAGUCAACAAGCUCACAGGUGGACGCGGUGUUGUGGUCGGACCCAUCCUCAGCGAUACAAGGUCUGAUGUUUUUUGUGACAAUGAGAGAGGACCCAACUUCCUGUUCAAAAACAACGGAGAUGGGACUUUUGCUGACGUUGCCAAGCAGGCAGGUGUGGAGGACUGGCACCAACAUGGUAGAGGAGUAGCACUGGCAGAUUUCAAUGGCGAUGGAAAGACAGACAUCGUCUACGGCAACUGGAAUGGUCCACACAGACUUUACCUGCAGGGCAGUGACUCUAAAUUCCGGAAUAUUGCGACCACGGGGUUUGCAUCUCCUUCCCCGAUUCGCACGGUUAUAGCAGCUGACUUUGACAAUGACAGAGAGCUUGAAGUGUUUUUUAACAAUAUUGCCUACAGAGGCAACGCCCCCAACAAGUUAUUCAGGGUUUCAAGAAGAGUCAGUGUUGACCCUUUAAUCCAGGAGCUUGAUGCAGGAGACGCUGUCGAGCCUCAAGGGAGAGGAACAGGCGGCACUGUGACAGAUGUGGAUGGAGACGGCCAGCUGGACCUGCUACUAGCACACGGAGAGAGCGCAGCACAACCCAUCUCUGUCUUCAAAGUCACACAGGGCUCAACCAAUAAAUGGCUUCGAGUCGUCCCUCGCACCCAGUUUGGCUCUUACGCACGAGGUGCUAAAGUAACAGUCUUUACUAAGCAGAGUGGAGCUUAUACGCGCAUCAUUGAUGGAGGCUCUGGGUACCUGUGUGAGAUGGAGCCAGUUGCCCACUUUGGUUUAGGAGACGAUGACGUGUCAGUGCUGGAGAUCUCCUGGCCUGAUGGUAGCUCCAUUACUCGUGUCCUUCAGCUUGAUGAAAUGAACUCAGUGGUGGACGUGUUGUACCCCAGUGAAGGAGAAAUGUCCACGCUUCACAAUGACACACAGUGCGGUAAAGGCUUCACUGUGAAAAACGGCCACUGCACAGGCAUCUGAGGAUUCUUGCAUCUGCUGAAACAUCCAAACUGUUUUCUUUUACUCUAUGAGUAUUAUUUCUUAUUUGUUACAUGAGAAUUUCUUUGGUUCCCAAGUGUCAAAAGUGUUUUUUCCACUGUACAAACUCCUGGAACCAAAUGUUUUAGUGGACCUACAGAUUACAUAAAUAAGCCGUAUCUUCUACCAGUGAUUGAUUGUCCAUAAAUAUUCCUUUACUGCCAAGUUGUGCCGUCCUUACCUGAUGUUUUUCCACCUCUUGUAUUUUCUUGCUACCAUCCAUUCCGUAUAGUACUGGCUUCAUUGUUCAACUCCAACUCCAGGUUUGAGGCCUCUGAUUUUCAGAUGGUUUUAUUAGUAUUCUUUCUAAAUUGGCAGAGAAGGGACUAGUUUGCCAGUAGUAUUACAAAGAGGCAUUUUUCCAGCAUUUCUGCAUGUUCCAAUCAAGCAUCUGCUAAGUGGUUGUCUCAUUCAGUCAUCAGGAGUUAUAUUAGCAUGUCUUGAACGAUUGUGCAUCCAAGCUGCACAGGAAAGUGAAUUAGAUGCAUGAUAUCACAGUACUUGAUGCAAGGGAAUGCUAACUCUUCAAGAUGUGCAUGCAUACCAUUUGGCUGACAGCCCGAUUAUCUGAAUGAAAUGUAUUUUUCUUUUUCACUAUGCAGUAAAAUAUGCUACCGAUGACGAGCGUUAAAUGUUUUGUAAAAUUGUACUGCUUGCUUACACAGGUGUAACCUGUGUCCAUAGUAAAACUGGGGGGGAAAAAAUUGAGUGCGUCUGGCAGGAUGGAAUAUUCUUUUGCCAGAUGAACCAGAACAGUGGUUAAUGUUCUUUUCACAUUUGUGGAACCUUAUGUUACACAUUUGUUUUGUAAUUUUUUAUGUGUUUUGCUCUUCACUAUCCCUAUUCAUUUUUACUCGUCGCUGUUUAGUCUGUCAAGACAGAACAAAAUAAAGACACUUGGAUGCAGCUGUGUUGACGUUGUA